AUGAAAACAAUUGGUUUGUUGGUAUUUUUUGUGUUAAUUAAUAUUUGUUUAAGUAAUGAUUAUGAAAAAUAUCGUCCAUUACGUGAACAAUGUCAACGAGAUCCUUCAAGUAUCGAAUGUUCACAAUUGAAAUCGAAAUUUUUCCAAUUAAUUCAAAAAUGUCAAUCAAUUACAACAUCAUCUCAACUUCUUCUUUGUAAAGAAGUUCAAAUCAAAUUAUGUAACAUUUUCCCAUCCACAUGUUCUCAAACAACACUCAAAUCUUCUACAAUUUCUACAACAAAACGAAAAAUAACGAAAAAGAAAGUUUCAACAACGAAAUCAACUCUUUCAACAAAACUCAACAAACCAAAAUCUUCUUCUCCCACUCCAACAACAACAACAACGACGAUGUUGACAACAAUGUCUCAUUUGGAUAAAUUACCUGAUAACGAAUUCGUUAAAGUUCCUGUUGAUCCUGAAGAAUUACGAACACGUGGUGAUUAUUGUCUUCGACAUAAUAAAGAAAAGAAAUGUCAACAAUUAUUAAAUAAUCUAAAAACAACUUAUUCAACAUGUGGAAAAAAGAAAAUCAAUGUUCAACCUGAACAAAUUGAUUGUCAUUCAUUUCAAACACAUUUAUGUAAAGCUUUUCCCAAAUUUCCACCUUGUUUAAAAAAAACUUCCAAUUAA